AUGGCGUCCCCCAGCUCUGGAGACCCUAGCCCUGCAGGCCUGCCCCCUCCUCCCACAGCCACUCCAGGACCUGGACCGUGUCCCCUGGGUCCUGCAGCCCCCAAGGAGCCUCCUUUCCCGGACAUCUACGGCGGGGACGCGCAGCUGUGGGAGGCGCACUUCCGCGGCAUCGGGCGCGCCUACCGCGCGCUGGGCAAGGAGGACGACUUCGCCAUCCGCGUGCUCACGGAGGACUUUACGCUGCCCUACCCGUUCGCCUGGCCGCCUGGCCCCGAGCCCGCGCACGGGCCGCUCUUCUACGACCCGCACGACCGCACGGGCUUCGACUUCCUGCUGCGGGGCCCGGGCGCACCGCCCCCCGCGCUGCUGCGGCCCCUGCACGCCACGGCGCAGGCCGCCCUCCGCAGGCGGCGCCUGGAGCAGCUGGCGCUCAGCUACGCGGGCGCCGCCCAGCGUCCCGGCCUGGUCCUGCUCGCCCCCGGCCCCGCAGCCCCGCCCGCCUUCCCGGGGGCUCCCGGGCCCGAGGUCCCCGCGCAGCUGCCUUCGCCCGCGGGCGCCCCCAGGCUGGGCUAG